CCUGGUGCUCACACCCUUACAGGGAAGACGGUGCGGACAGUGGAGGCUUGGGACAGCCGGGCGCCCUGGACUGCCGUGGCUGUCAUGCCCGCCCCCCACACCAGCAUCACCCUGGCCAGUGCUGAUUCCACCCUGCGGUUCGUGGACUGUCGGAAGCCUGGACUGCAGCACGAAUUCCGCCUGGGGGGCGGCCUGAACGCCGGCCUCGUCCGAUCCCUGGCCGUUAGCCCCAGUGGCCGAAGCGUCGUAGCGGGCUUCUCCACAGGCUUCAUGGUGCUCCUGGACACCAGGACCGGACUUGUCCUUCGAGGGUGGCCGGCUCACGAGGGUGACAUCCUGCAGAUUAAGGCGGUGGAAGGGAGCACCCUCAUCAGCUCCUCCUCGGACCACUCCCUGACUGUCUGGAAAGAGCUGGAGCAGAAGCCCACCCAUCACUACAAGUCCCCAUCUGACCCCAUUCACACCUUCGACCUCUAUGGCAGCGAGGUGGUGACGGGCACCGUGGCCAACAAGAUUGGCGUCUGCUCCCUGACGGAGCCGCCCUCGCAGGCCACCACCAAGCUGAGCUCCGAGAACUUCCGGGGGACGCUCACAAGCCUAGCUGUGCUGCCCACCAAGCGCCACCUCUUGCUGGGCUCGGACAACGGGGCCAUCCGGCUCCUGGCCUAGGCAAGGGACGUGCUCGGGACGGAGCAAGCGCAGCCGCUU